AUGACCCAUGACAUCAGAGAACUUGACGACGGAAGCGUUGUGCUGCAUCCGUUUGACGUCCGCUCUGCUCCAGUUUCUGUUCCCGAGAGCUCCAUGAAGUUCAACUUUCUAGUGAGCAGUUUUCUGCAAGUGUGUCUAGCAUGCCAUCCACAUAUUGUCGGGUCGAAGCUACAGACGGAGGACGGCGGCUGGUCAGUAGAUCCGAGUCUGGACGAAGGACCCUGCAACAUUGAUGUCUUGGAAUCUUCAGCCAUCUCGUAUAGCCAGUUCAUGCACAGGUAUGCGUACAGUGGACCGGUCAUCAUCAGGGGACUCACUGAUAACUCGGAGUUCCGUCAAUGGAGUUCCCGUAAUCGGUUGCUCAAGGACUUCGGGGACCUGCGAGUGCGUCUCAGCACCGCCAACACCUUCUCCUACAGGAAAGUUGAUGUUCCAUUCCGAGAAUAUGUGUCAGAGCUGCUGAAGCCACAGACUCCCGACGCACUGGGCAGCGACACCUUGUACUUUUUCGGGGACAACAACUACACAGAGUGGAACAGUCUGUUCCAGCUGUACCGAAAACCUCCAUAUGUGCUGCCUAACACAAGUGCCGCACUCAGCUUUGGUAUCGCUGGUUCCGGCACCGGAGUCCCGUUCCACUGGCAUGGGCCUGGGUACUCGGAGGUGGUCUACGGUCGCAAGCGUUGGUUCCUCUACCCACCCGAUCGCCAGCCCGACUUCCAUCCCAACAGCACGACACUGUCCUGGUUGAUGCACACCUACCCCCAGCUACCAGUAGAGCACGCUCCACUUGAGUGUACCAUCCGACCGGGAGAGGUUCUGUACUUCCCUGACCGCUGGUGGCACGCCACCCUCAACCUUGACACCAGCGUCUUCAUCUCCACCUUCUUGGGCUAAAACAGGGACUUGAGCCUGUCAGGCUUUGUCAAACUGCCCUUCUUUUAGAGAUUGUUAAAUUCCAAAUGGCUGAAUAAAUUGUGUUUUCAUGGAAUCUGACAGGAA